AUGGAUAUAAGAUUUGGAUUUAAGUAAAUCUCAAGAACAAAUAUUCUUAAGAGAUCCCUUUAAUACAGGAAAAUUUAUAUACUUAAAGAAAUCACUUUUAAUUUAGAAAGGAUUUGCAAAAAAUUAGAAUAUUAAAAUUCAAAUGAUAGUCCAAAGAUUGUAGAAGAUUUAAAUCAAAAUUCAAAGUUCCCCAAUAAAACUAUUAUUAAUUUAAAUUUCUAAAAAGCCCUAUAUAAGGAAAUAAAACUUUUUCUUUUAAAUAUUUAACUUUACAAAUUCAUGAAUGUACUAAUUUUUGUAAAAGAGUUUUAAUAAUCUAUGAUUAAUUAUUAAAUUUAAUAACAUUCAAAGCUUUAUUAACUCAUUAUAAAAUUUAAUGUUAUUCAGCCUAUGAUGAUACAUAGGCGAUAUCAAAAGUUAAAGGGAAAACGAAUACAAUAUGUUAAUUUUAUGAUGUUAUUUUUAUGCAUAUUGAUAUGCUUGAUAUGA